AUGUUUGGACUCGGUUCUCCGUGCGGUGCAUGCAAAGUUUUAAGAAAAAUAUGUACCCAAUUGUGCGUCUUUGCCCCUUACUUCUAUCAUGAAGAAGGACCUACUGAUUUUGCAGCCAUCCACACGAUUUUUGGUGCCAGUAAUGCCUCCAAGGUCCUGGCUCAACUUCCGGUUGAUCAGCAUACAACUCCUAAGAUGAAAGUAAUAGCAGUCCCUAGCUUGGAGUCUAUUGAGGAAAUGAGAACACCUGCCAUUGAAGAUCUUAUGGGAAACUUUGCCCCGGAGAACAGACCGAAUUUGGCUGGCACAGAAAGCAAGAUCCAACCGCAACAUCGGCCAUUUGUUGGGCUAUCACCGAAUAGGACUCCUUUUGCAGAUGUCAACUGA